GGAUUGUUGGUCUCAUUGUAUAGGCCUAUGCCGAAAUGAGAGCGCUGCUGUUCAGUCUACUUCUCCUGCUCAUAACAGGGGCUCAUGAGUCAUCUGGGUGUCGCCGAAAGCCCACGUGUGCUGAGAUGGCAGAGAUUCACGCAUGCCCAAUGAAUCUCGCACCGGUGUGUGGCGAUGAUGGAAACACGUACCCCAACGAGUGCUCGCUGUGUGUGGAAAGACUGAAAACCAAAUCAGACAUUUUAAUCAUGAAAGAUGGGAACUGCUAGCUUCCCCUGAAGAAAAACAAUGCACAGGAUCAAAUUAAAGCAUUUGAAAUAGAAC